AUGCUAUGCACAGUUAAAGGAAGAAAAUGGAGAAACUCCAACAUAAGCAUGAAAGAGCUGGAAGAAAGUGUACAGAAAUUAACAGAGCAAGUAGGAUAUAACGACACAUCGGAAGAAGAUGAACAAAUUAUUAUUUCCAUGGAGCUAAUAAAUAGGAAUAUUCUAGCCUUUCUAAGGAUCAACAAAAAAGCUAUCCGAAAAUGGUACGAACAAUGUCUCAGUGUGAAAACUAGAUAUUGGCAAAUUAAAAUGAAUUUUUGGAGAAGGUUCGAAAUUUAUACAUUUUUCGAAUUAUUUUUUGGAGAAAAAACCAGAAGAGUAGAUAAAAUGUGGAAGAAUAAAAUGUGGGAUAUUUGGUCCACGUAUAUUAAUAGGAUGAUGUGGGUAGAAGACGUUGAAGAUACUAAUCAAUUUAAAAAAAGAAUAAAUAAAUGUUACUCCUAUAUAUAUAUACGUGAUAAGUACACCAUGAAGAAAAGGCACUUUAGGAAAGUGAAACAGAGGAAGAUUAUGAAUGCAUGGAAUCACUUUCUAAAUUCUUAUAUGACCAAGUGGGAGAAGGAGAGGAAGAAGCAGUCCGUGAAAAAGAGGGUGAAGGCCGUUUCCGCUUCGUCGCUCACCUCUCUGGGGCAACAAUGCUUGCAGCGCCGUGACGAUAGCGGUAUCAGCAGUGGAAGCAGCAUUGAUAGCAUCAUUGGCGGUUGCAUUGAUAGCAACGUU